UGGCUUUUCCCCCGCUGGAUCUCUGGAGUCUGUGACCCCACCCGCUCCUGCAACCCACACCCCCGCCUCCAUCACCACCGCCACCCUCUCCACGGACCUCACAUCGUAUGCAUCUCUGCGACGGGCAGUUCUCUCGGAGAGACGGAGGGAGCUGAGGAGGGGGAGUCCUGCACGGAGCCAUUUUCUCAGAGGAGCCCCUGGAACGUGCAUGGGAAGAGGAUGCAUUGUGGGCUACUGGAAGAGCCUGACAUGGAUUCCACAGAGAGCUGGAUUGAAAGAUGUCUGAACGAAAGCGAGAGCAAGCGCUUCUCCAGCCACUCUUCUAUUGGAAAUAUUUCCAACGACGAAAACGAAGAGAAGGAAAAUAACCGAGCAUCUAAGCCACAUUCAACACCUGCUACAUUACAAUGGUUGGAGGAAAACUACGAGAUCGCAGAGGGUGUGUGUAUUCCUCGCAGUGCCCUGUAUAUGCACUACCUGGACUUCUGCGAAAAGUUGGACUCGCAGCCAGUCAAUGCGGCAAGCUUUGGAAAGAUAAUAAGGCAACAGUUUCCUCAGUUGACCACGCGGAGAUUAGGAACUAGAGGCCAAUCAAAGUAUCAUUACUAUGGCAUUGCAGUGAAGGAGAGCUCCCAGUACUACGAUGUGAUGUACUCUAAAAAGGGCGCUGCAUGGGUGAACGAGACGGGCAAGAAAGAGGUCACCAAACAGACAGUAGCGUAUUCACCGCGCUCCAAGCUGGGCACUCUCCUGCCAGACUUUCCAAAUGUCAAAGACCUAAAUCUGCCCGCCAGUCUGCCAGAGGAGAAGGUCUCGACCUUUAUUAUGAUGUACAGAACUCACUGCCAGAGGAUACUAGAUACUGUCAUACGCGCCAACUUCGAUGAGGUUCAGAGCUUCCUGUUGCACUUUUGGCAGGGCAUGCCACCCCACAUGCUCCCUGUCCUGGGCUCUUCUACUGUGGUCAACAUAGUGGGUGUGUGUGACUCCAUAUUGUACAAGGCCAUCUCAGGCGUCCUCAUGCCCACCGUCCUACAAGCCCUUCCUGACAGCCUCACUCAGGUGAUCAGGAAGUUUGCCAAGCAGCUGGAUGAGUGGCUGAAGGUGGCUUUACAUGACCUGCCCGAAAACCUGCGCAACAUAAAGUUUGAAUUGUCAAGAAGAUUUUCUCAGAUACUCAAACGACAAACAUCAUUAAACCACCUCUGUCAGGCCUCUCGAACAGUGAUCCACAGUGCGGACAUCACCUUUCAGAUGCUCGAGGACUGGAGGAACGUCGACCUCAACAGCAUCACUAAACAAACUCUUUAUACUAUGGAAGACUCCAGAGAAGACCAGAGGAGACUCAUUAUCCAAUUGUAUCAAGAAUUUGACAGACUGCUAGAGGACCAAUCUCCAAUUGAAGCCUACAUCGAGUGGCUGGACUCCAUGGUGGAGAGAUGUGUUGUGAGGGUGGCAGGGAAGAGACCCGGAUCUCUGAAGAGGGUAGCUCAGCAGUUCCUGCUCAUGUGGUCGUGUUUUGGGACAAGAGUUAUCCGGGAUAUGACACUGCAUAGCGCACCGAGCUUUGGCUCAUUCCAUCUGAUUCACCUCAUGUUUGAUGACUAUGUACUUUACCUGCUUGAAUCUCUGCACUGCCAAGAGAGAGCCAAUGAACUGAUGAGGGCGAUGAAAGGAGAGGGCGCACCAGCAGAUACUGGAGAAGAGCUGAUGCUGAUGGGCUCCACACCAACAUCUACAUCACCUGGACCAUACUCUCCUGCCAAAUCUGUUCACUCGGUGGGCGUACCCGCUGUAGGGUCCCCCAAUUCAGCCCAGUCUCCGGAGUACACCAGCAUAUCAACCACAACAGGAGCUGUUCAGUCAUAUACCUGGUCCCUUACAUACACAGUGACAACUUCAGGCGGCAGCCCAACCGAGCCCGGAUCCCAGCUGUCCUGCAUGAGAGGCGGACCUGCGCUACAUGGAUCAUCCUCCGCACACCGGAUGCCAGUUUACCCACAUCGGGAUGAGCAUGGGUAUACUGGCAGCUAUAAUUACAGCAGCUACGCAAACCAGCACCAUCAUGCCAUUCAGAGUCAGUACUCCAGUUUAACCCAUGAAGCAGGGCUACCCACUCCUCUGCAUUAUUCCUCAUACCACCGCACAUCCGCACAGUAUCCGCUCAACAGUCAGAUGUCCAGAAUGGAGUCGUGUCUGAUGAGCGGCUCUCCUCUCCUACACUCCAGUCCUGUGACCCCUCGAUGGCCGGAUGUGCCCUCUGCCAACAGCUGUUAUUCCAGUCCCACUGUCCACGCGUCCCGAUACUCCACCGGAGACAUGUACUCGCCCCUAGCCCCACGCAGGAACUCUGAAUACGAGCACGCUCAACACUUUCCAGGAUUCGCCUAUAUUAACGGGGAGGCCACGACCGGAUGGGCAAAAUGAUAAACCAGCGGUGGUCCAUAUUUAACACAAUUACAGAGAAUGUAUAUGAGAAUGGCAACAGUGUUUUUAUUGGUGUGGUCAGUGUUUACAGUGCAAAGCUGCCAAUGAAAGUUGAAUCGCAAUCAUUGUGAGAGAAAAUGGGACAUUCUGAAAAACGAUUGAAUGUUUUAAGUUAUUUAUGAAGUCCAAAUUAGGUAUACUUUUAAUUAAAAAUACAUUCUAUGCACAGAUUAACACAGAACGAACAGAACAUGUUAAACUGCAUGUUAAACUCCCAUAUUAGAAAGGAAAUGCUUAAUUUGGCUUAA